GGCGGCGCGUGAGCCCCAGCAGACAUUUCCGCGGACUAAUCGGAGCUUUUUGUCUCCUCGUGCAUCACAAGAAACAAAACACCGAGCGAUCGGUGUUGUUUUCCCAGAAGUUGAACCGCGACAGAAAAAAACCACGCUUCUUCUUCUUCUUCUUCUUCUUCUUGUUCCUGCGAGCCUGCACAUCCACUGAUCCACUGAUCCUGACAUCAGUGAAAACCUCUCACACCGGAGAACCGCUCCAGAGACACAGUGAAACAACAUGACGGCGCUGCUGGACCUGAAGAGCAGCGUGCUGCGGCAGGUGCAGAGGAGCCAGUCGCUGAGGAGCCGGAGGGAGCCGCCGACGCCCACCCCUGGCAGCCCCCUUACACACAGUCCUGACCCCUUACCCCGCAGGAUUUCCGAGGAGAGUGCAGAGUUCUUUGAGCGUAUGAAUGCUGUCCUUCAGAAACAGGAGAACAUGCUGCGGGCUGCCCAGGCUGAGUGCCAAAGAGGGGCCUGCACAGUGCCGCCGCCCCAAGAGCACGUGGACCAGGCCUUUAUCGCGGACAGAAUCAGCAGGACAGAGCUGGACCUGCUGUAUGAGGAGGCUGUGUACACCGUGGUCAACCGUGUCGGAGUGCAUUCGGCAGAACACGUGAAAAGUGACGAAGAACUGUUUACGUACAUGCUCAAGGUGUUCGAUAUGGGCGAAGAGGAACAUAUAAAUCGAGCCAGUUUUUCCUUGAGAGUUUCUGUUUUGAAAGCAAAGAGUCUGAUGGCCAAGGACGCGAAUGGUUACAGUGACCCCUACUGCAUGCUGGGAAUCCUGGUGGGCCAGAGCCCCCGGGAGGUGGAGGAGAAGAAGGAGAGAAAGUUCAGCUUCAGGAAGAGGAAGGAGAAACUGGAGAAGCGCUCCAGCACCAAGGAGGUGCUACCCGCCAGGUGUAUCCACGUGACAGAGGUUAAACCAGAGACUCUCAACCCGGUGUGGGACGAGCACUUUGUGUUUGAAAUAGAUGAUGCUCACAAUGACCUUUUACAUCUGGACAUAUGGGAUCACGACGAUGACGUGUCUGUAGCUGAAGCCUGCAAGAAGCUCAAUGAAGUCAGUGGACUUAGAGGAAUGGGCAGGUAUUUCAAGCAGAUUGCCAAGUCCAUGCGUGCCGAUGGAUCUGCAUCAUCGGGUUCCGAGGAUAACGCCGAUGACUUCCUCGGAUGCAUUAACAUCCCUCUGAACGAGAUUCCUGUUGUCGGCUACGACACGUGGUUCAAGCUGGAGCCUCGGUCGAGUGCGUCUAAAGUUCAGGGAGAAUGUCACCUGAUGCUGAAGCUCUUCACCAACCAGAGAGACACAACUUUGUCCAAGAAGGAUUCUAAUGUUUCUAUUCACAAGAAACUGCUGAGUCAGAUUGUGGAGUAUGAACAUGCUAAUGUUAAGAAGGAGCCGUACAACUGGAACGGACAGGUUGGUCCUCCAGGAUGGACGGUGCUCACUCACCAUGCUGUGCAGACUGAUCUGUCACCUCUCCAACAGGCCAUUAUUCGCUGGCAGUGCUACAGCAGCCACCACCGGACCCAGAGGGUGUGCUACUCCCUGCUGCUGCGCCUCUUGAGGACCAUCGAUGCAGAUUGGGACCCUCCCGCUGUGAGGGGAGACCUGGAGAGGCAGCUGUCAGACAGCUUCAGGCUGUACACAGAGCACUGCCUGUGCCUGAUGAAGAACAUGCGUCAGGUUUUCCCCUGCACCAGUGCUGCUGCCAUUACGCGCUACGAGCUCAUGCUGAGGGGGAUUGGCUACAUGCAAAACAUGCGGGCGUUUAAGACCGUGUGUCCUCUUCGAAAUGAACUGCAUCUGGACAUCACUACCGCUGUAAAGAAAGGAGCCACUGAGUGGUACGAGAGCUUAAUUGCCCGUUAUAAACCAGAGGAUGGGACCCUGGAAGAGCAGCUGAAGAAGCUGGUUCAGGUGGUGGAUGCUGUGGUUGCAGACAUACAGAGGGCCCAGAAGAUCUACAACAAACUCUUCUACAGUGCUGUGAAAGUAGAUUUCUUCAGCAUAUCAUACAGACAGCUGGAGAAGCAGGUAGCUGAUGACGUAAAUGUAGCAAUGGAGCGAGUGUGUGGGACCCUGGAGCAGGAGAGCUCCAAGCUGACUCAAACAAUGGGAGAGACCAUCUUUGAGCUCUUCAUGUCCUUGAAAAUCCUCAAAGGCUUUCGGGAGUUUCUUCCACUCAAGGACGCUAAAAUGUUGGCCUUGACGGUCUUCCAUAACUGGUUCAAGUCCUCGAUUCAUAAGUGGCUGCAGAUCAUUCACGACAGAUCUUGCGACAGGAUCCGUAAAGCAGUGGAAACAGACCAACUGGAACCCGUGCAGGAGGCCAAACACAGCUCCUCCGCCGUGGAAGUGGCGACGUGCUUCAGCCAGGUGCGAGAGAUUUGGCUCCAGCUGGCCUGGCCAGACUCUGCAGGCGCCUUCAUCUUUGUCACUCGUUUGACAGACAAUUUCUGCAGUGAGGCCGUGUGCUACUCAGAGAUGAUAACACGCAAGAUUGAGAGGAACCAGCUGGGCCGAGACAACAAGAGCUUCACAGUGCAGCUCUGCAUCGCCCUGAACAACACAGAGCAUGUGCGCGUGUUCCUGGGUCGCCUGCCCCAAGACCUGGACUGGCAAGGUGUGGAGCGGGCCAUGGAGGAGUCCUGUGGGGCAGAGGGGAAGGAUCAGGUUUACAAGGCCCUCAACGGGCAGCUAUUCAACAUGGACCUGGACCUGCAGAGAGAGGCCAAGCGUCUCAUCACGCUGCUCACUGACAAGAUGCUCCCCGAGCUGCGUAGAUACAUCCAGCACAUCAGCCUGUCUCCUGACUCCAUCAACAACGACGAUGCUGUGUCACCUCUCAUGAAGUACUUACAAGACACGAUGAGCAUCCUCACUGAAAACCUUGUAAAGGAGAACCUGACGAGAGCUCUCCAAAGCAUGUGGGAGCUGCUCCUGCGAAUGAUCCUGGACGCGGUGACAGAAAACAGAGGCGUGCAGGUGGAGUUUUACAACCGCUUCCAGUACACAGUGGAGGCCGCGUUGCAAUUCUUCCACGCUAAGGGAGAGGGUCUUUCCCUGGAAGACAUGAAGAGCGGAGACUACAAGGUCCUGGACGAGGAGCUCAGGCUGAAUAAAUGUUCCUCCUUCGAGCUGAUUGAACAGUACUAUCUGGAGAAGAUUUCCCACCAAAAAACACUCAAACACACUCGUUUCGGUCGAAUCAGUGUCAAGUGCUACUAUGAUGCUCCAGAGCAGAGACUGACGGUGGAGAUUCUGCAUGCUGCCGAUAUCAUAGCACUGGACGCCAAUGGUCUGAGCGACCCAUUCGUCAUAGUGGAGCUCUGUCCCCACCACCUCUUCCCUAUGGCCAAGAGUCAACGCACGCAAGUGAAGCUCAAGACCCUGCACCCAGUGUUUGAUGAACUCUUUUACUUCCACGUCAGUCCUGAGCAGUACAGACACAGGUUUGCCUGUUUGACCUUCACUGUGAUGGACUAUGACUGGCUCUCCACCAACGACUUCGCCGGCGAAGCUAUGGCUCCUCUCAGCGACUUCUGCUGGCCAGGGAGACCGAACGCCUCACCUGCCGGCAAGAGUGUCCAGCCGGUCAUUUUGCACCUGUCUCGCAGUAAACCCAGUGAGAAGCCAAUCAUGAGGAUGCUGGAAGCGCGCAUCGGAGACAGGGAGGCUCAGGAGUUUGUCCGCAGGCUGAAGGAGAUUGAGAAGUCGAUGGAGGAGGAGUAGAAGCCGUCAGCGCUGCCUGCAUCGGUGUUUUCUGACCUCGUCUUGCAACCUGUGCUUUUGUACUGGUACGAUGUUUACAAUAUUUGAUUUUUAUUCUCCAAUGUUAUUGUUUGUUCAGUAAUUAUACCAAAAUGAGAAGAGAAAAAAUGGAAAACAAGGAUGUUUUCUUACUGGGAAAAUGAACAUCCUGUCACUGUGCAACCCUAUGCUGUCUCAUUUCAGCUAUAUUUUAGAAUUGAAUGGAUAGUUGAUCCUAAAUGUUGCUAGUCUAUAUUUUUUGUAAUGAAGUAAUGUUAUCUUUGUUGUAUAAUCUUUGAUAUGAUAGAUUUAACAUUUCAGAACUAUUUUGUGGAAGUAGCUUACAUAUCCAAUAGUAUCCAGUCAGAGUUUAAAUCUAUACCUCACCAGUUGCAGGGGAGUUUAACAGGUGUCGAGACUUUUCACCAUUCUUCACAAACACUGUGGGGAUAAAAUGCAUAAAAAGCUUAUUUAGGAUGUGAAAGAAAUCCUGUAGUACCUAUUGUAGGUGAAGGGAAUCAUUGAGGAACAACAAGUAGCUUUGGGGGGGAUUCACUUUAUUCUGAGGGUUGGUGUUUUCGGGCCGGUGUGAUGGCAGCAGGGAGGCUGAAGGGGCUGCGUGGCACACACACGCCACAGCUCGGGUUCAUUCCACUUUUCAAAAAGCUUAUGAUGGGUCAGUGAAGAGGCCAAAGACAGUGCUACAGUAGUGGUGGGAAGAUUGUUCCUUCUGACACCAGUGAGUCAACAAUGUUUAUGAUGCUAAUUGCAGCGAGUGAGCUUAUGUAGCAUUCAGACAGUUCUGGAAACAGCCAUCAAGUUUGUGUGUCAGUGUGGGAAUAAUUACAAGACCUGGCUCCCACAGCAGCUCUCAUCGCCCGGCUCUCUCCAGUCCUCUGAAGCUGUGUGUCGCAGACUGAAAGGUUACGACUUUCAUGUUACUGCAGAAAAACACAACCUCUAAUCGAAUUUUCACCUUGUGAUGAACAUUGAGAAACAAAACUACUCAAAAAAAUCUCUGAUUUAUCGUAAUAUUAGAGAUUUGAUUCUCAUAGUAGCGGUGACCUAUCAAGCUAAUAUUAUUUAAUAUUGUAGCUAGUCUAAAGGGUUUGUUUCCUGGGGAGAAUUUUAAUUAAACCAGGAGAAGGCUUAAAUCUAGAAUAGUUAAUUGUGUUUUUAAAAACCGGACUUUUUGAAGUAUCUGGAAUUUUAACUAAACAAAACCGUGGACAAACAAGGCUAAAAACUGUUUCUUCCUUGGUUGUAUAGUAUGAACUCACGAUGACAAGACAGCAAGUCGUGUUUUGUGAACUUCACAGUGAUCCGUUGAAGAAGAAAGUCGUGAAGCCUCAACUUGGCAUUAGUAGACUGAAUUAAAUGCAGGAAAAUUCGAAGCUAUAUCUAUGAAAGCCAUCAGUCUGGUUUAAAAUGCCACCUAAGUCUUAACUUUAGGUUUAAGUCCUGUCUAGGAAACUGGCCCUUACUGUUGAAAAUGUAGCUUCAAGUUUACAAUGUGUAAACACGCCGCCUGCUAGCAUUCACAAAAAAAAGAAUAAUGCACAUUCUGGCCUUUGGGGGAGCCGUUAAUGAAAGAAGCUAGUUUUAUUAUGGAGAGACACCUUACGGACAAAACAACAGGAUCACAAAAGUAGUAAUAUGUAGAGUAGAGAAGAAACACUGUAGCAAGUAGUGAGAACUUAGCACCAAAAUCUUAACACCGACAGCAUUUUGAUAGCGAUGUAUCUUUACAGUAGCUGCUUGUGUCGUGCUUUGUCGUUACCCUGUGGAGCUGCGAGUUAAAAGCACGCAAAAAAAACAAAACAAACAUAUCUAUGCCUGGAGAGUGUGCUGCGUUACAGGGAUCGUUCAGGUGUUCAAGAAAUAUGUCUUUAGCAAACAGAAGCGAGGAAUCCUUUAAGACCAUCAUUCCCCUAUAUGUUUAAUACCGUUUUUAAGAUAUUCUAGACAGAAUAUGUUAGUAUUCCUGAGAAAUCCCUCUCUAUCUCGUCCAUUUCAACAGUACAUCAUAUGACUUAAAUAUUAUAAAUGACACGAUUAUAUUUCAUGUUCAUUACAGUGCAAAUGUUUACAAAAACUAUAAUAUGAUCUUAUGAAGCUGAAAUUAUAUAUUAAAAGAUCAAUUUUACAUCACAAUACAGAAGUAAAUCUUUAUCAAUGUGUGGGGGUUGAUAUAUAACAUGAAAAACAAUUGUUUUGCUUCAUGUAAGGAAAACACACUGUCUCUCAUACACACACAGCAUAUAUACGUACAGCUGUCUGUGUUUAUUCAAAGUAUUAAAGAUGUCCGUAUGUUGUCCAUAGACAUUCAAUCUGGUCAGUAUUGGUUGAGUAGAUUAAUUUAUUUUUGUGAUUUUCAAAUUUAACAAAGAUAUUUUAGUAGGAAAAUGCUCAGUGUAGUAUUUUCAUAGUUUUCUUGUCCUAAAAAAACUGCAUUUCAUAAACUGGUCAUAAUGGAGAAAAAGAAAAGAGGUCAAAGGCCUCAUUGACAUCAGACUGUGAACAGAAUAUCAGUGCUGACAUGGACAUGUUUAGUUUGAGGUAUAUAUAAUAUAGAAAUAUUGUUAAUGAGUAUAUGGUUUGUGGUCUGCCAGCCGGACUUGAAGGCAACAGGUUGGUGAAAAGUUAUCUUCAGAGG